CGGCGGUCUGUUGGCAUCAUCAAAAGGUGAGCGGGAGACACACGUUGCUAGGAGACAUUGACUAGAUGAAUGAAUAGCGGCAUCUCACAGAUAGAGAUCUUCAUGUCGGUUGUUCCUUCUACACAUUCUUUUUAACUACCAUGGCUGAAUCUGCUGCAAAGAGACCCAAAUGUGUUAUUGGAACACACAAUGGCAAAUUUCACUGUGACGAAGUGUUGGCAUGUAGACUGCUCACGACUCUUCACGAGUAUCAACAUGCUGAAAUUGUGAGAUCACGAAGUCCCGAAAAACUCGAUGAGUGCGACAUAGUCGUUGACGUCGGAGGAGUGUACGAUCCAGAACGGCAUCGAUACGACCAUCACCAAAGGUCUUUCAAUGGCACCAUGAACUCUAUCAAUCCGAAGUAUCCUUGGACGACAAAACUGAGCAGUGCUGGUUUAGUCUACUUGCACUUUGGUCGUCGAGUCAUCGGGCAAAUUAUCGAAGAAGACGAAAAGUCAAGCGUCGUUGAUGUGAUCUACAAGAAAGUUUAUGAAAACUUUAUUGAAGAAAUCGAUGCUGUUGAUAAUGGAAUCACACAGUGUGAUGAGAAACCGAGGUAUAGGCUGUCGACUACCAUUAGCUCGAGGGUUGGCUUCUUGAAUCCGCCGUGGAAUGUAAAGAACUUAGAUGAAAGGAAACAAUUUGACUUGGCUAUGGAAUUAGUUGGAGCCGAGUUCGAAGAGCGAGUGCACAGCUAUCACAAAAUAUGGCUGCCAGCGAGAGAUCUAGUCAAAGCAUCAGUAGAGAAACGACAUGAAGUUGAUUCGAGUGGUGAAAUUAUUGUAUUAGAACAGUGUGGCUGCCCGUGGAAGGAGCAUCUCUACGAUCUUGAAGACGAAAUGGGCAUCGAGGGUAUCAUCAAAUUUGCUCUCUUUGGAGACUCGAAUGGCGCUUGGAGAGUCCAGUGUGUGCCAGAGAAAUCACAAAGCUUUUCUAACAGGUUGUCACUGAAGAAAGAGUGGUGUGGACAUCGCGACGAGGAGCUUAGUCGAUUGAGUGGUAUUCCUGGCUGUGUCUUCGUUCAUGCAAAUGGAUUCAUAGGAGGAAAUGAAUCGAGGGAGGGAGCCCUCAAGAUGGCGCAAGAAACAUUGUAUGCUGCUAGAAAAGAAAGCUAGUGUAGGUUGGCAUUUUAGCGUGAUAAUGUAACAUGUACACGAAUAUGCUAUUUGUCUGUACUCUUUGCUUUGCUUUGGGCCAUGGAGUAUGCUGUGUUUUCUGCAUGGUCAAAC